AUGAAGGAAGAGAUGAUCAGAGACGAUACGGAGAUGUACGGAGCUCUCGUGACGGCGCAGAACUUACGGUUGCAUCAUCGCCACCAUUGCAGAGAGAAUCAGUGUACCUCUGUUCUUGUCAAAUACAUUAAAGCUCCUGUUCAUCUAGUUUGGUCACUGGUGCGGAGAUUUGAUCAGCCGCAGAAAUACAAACCAUUUAUAAGCAGAUGCACUGUUUAUGGUGAUCCUGAGAUUGGUAGUCUCAGAGAAGUAAAUGUCAGAUCUGGUCUUCCUGCAACCACAAGUACAGAGAGAUUGGAACAGCUUGAUGAUGAAGAACGCAUCCUCGGUAUCAACAUCAUUGGUGGUGAUCACAGACUUAGGAAUUACUCAUCGAUACUGACUGUACAUCCGGAAAUGAUCGAUGGGAGGUCGGGAACUAUGGUGAUUGAAUCUUUUGUUGUUGAUGUUCCUGAAGGCAACACCAAAGAUGAUACAUGUUACUUUGUGGAAGCACUUAUAAAAUGUAACCUCAAAUCCUUGGCUUGUGUCUCUGAAAGAUUGACUGCUCAGGACAUAACCAGUUCCAUCGCCACGUUCUGA